AAAAGGGAGAUUGGAUUGUCCCAGCCCCACAGGCUCACAGCUAAGUUGGACUUGUCUGCAAACCAUCAAGAAAGCUGUCUUCCCCCUCAAAGAUCAGAUCGCAAUGAGCUCAUCCGUCCACUAUCUCUGUCCUCAUACCACCCCCAUCUCCGCCAUCCCACCCCAGUUCGACCAACCAGCCGCAUCGAUCGUCGGGAUCCAUUACCACCCACUCUCAUCGCUCCUUUUCUGUGAGGAGUGUGAUGCGGUCAGAUGCGAGCAGUGUGUGAGCUGUGAGCUGAACUGCUACUACUGUCCAAACUGUCUGUUCGAAGUACCAGCAGCUAACAUCCGAUCGCAGAAGAACAGAUGCGCUAGAAAUUGUUUUCUUUGUCCUCAGUGUCAUCAUACCCUCUCUGCCGUUGCCACCGAUCCCCCUUCGAGUUCGUAUGGAGACGACCCCAAAGCACCUCAAGCAAGUCUCGGCGAAGCCCCUUUCUUCCUGGCCUGUACAUUCUGCCGUUGGGAUAGCAAACAGGUCGGAAUCUCGUUCGAAAAACCUACGUUUCUAGCGCAACAAUUGCAUCAGGCAGAAUCAUCACAAUCGGAAUUACUCGAAUUCGAUAAACUGAAAGAACAUUUCGAGGGUUAUCUCAAAUCGCAAUCUCAAUCUCAGCCACUAGCAGCAUCACAUCAUGGCCAUCGUCCAGCCGGGAACGUGAGCUCUGGAUCACCAGCUCAUCAAGCUGCUUCAUUGGCCCUAUCCAAGGAAGUCCCAACCGUCUCUAGAUACGGCACUCAAUUGGGUCUAUCGACCUCUGUCUUCAAAUUACGCUCCAACCAUUCGCUCCUGAACAGCUCCUCGGCCGCCUUGCCCGCUAACUUGAACCCCGACGGUACUUGGAAGGAAGAUGUGCCGGUCUACGAAUCACUCUUCCCCUCAGGUGCGGCCAAAAAAUCCUCACUCAAGAAUGACUCGGAUCGGCUUGCAUUCUACCGUCACGGUGAUCGACCUGGGCCAUCUGCUCAAAGUAAGGACAGUCCGCUACUCAUCGAGCAUCUCACGCCACUCGAGAAGAAAUGGGAUGAAGCCUGGGAUCAUCUGGAUCGGGUCCAAGAUUUGAAACCGAGUCGAGUUCCUCUGAGAUCGAAGCGGACCAAGAGAUGUCCGACCUGUCAACACAUCCUCAUUAAGCCCGAACAGAAGGCCCAGUCGAUCCGAUUCAAGAUCAAGCUGAUUGCUUCAAAUUAUCUGCCCUUGAUCGAACUCCACCGCAAGCGGAUCGCGACCUCGACCAAGCUUGGCACCGAUCGUCUAACUUCUGGGAUCAGUGCUGCACGCAAGAGUGCCGCCGCAGGAAGAACGGGGGCGGCAGCCGGCAGCAAUCCGCUCCUGGGUCGUGUUGGCGAGGCGCCUGACGAGGUGAUCCGGCCGGACCGCAAAUACCAGUUUGAGAUGACCUUCGUCAACCCGCUCUAUGAGCCCAUCAACGUCCGGCUAUCUAUCCAUCCGCCCACACCAGUCCGGUCGUCCCUCGAGAACGAGCCAGAGCAACCCCCUUACAACGUUCAUCUGCUCGCCUCCGAAUUCACCAUCGCCGCCUUUGCCGAGGUCUGGGAAUACGACGAUGAGGACGAGGCGGAAGGGGCGGCUAAUGAAGAGAAUAUGGAGCAGAAGGAGGCCGACGACAGCGGAACUCUCAAACGCAAUCGACUCAGUACCUUCGGUUUGACCGACUCGGUUAGACGCAGAGCUCUCCAAACUAACGUGGUGACUAAGAAAGCUAAUCGAACGACGAUCUUGGUCGAGGCAAAGACGAGUAAGCAAUUUGUUGGUACGCUCCAGGCGGACAUGUUAGUGACGUUUACGUACCAAUCGGAUGAUCUGAAUGAUGAGCUAGAGGAGUCGCCGACCCGGCCCACCCCAGCGAGCCAGAAGCGAGGAGGCGGGACUACUCAAGAGGAGGGAGACGAGGGGGGAGACGAGGCCGACUCCGGGGCAGAGAACCAGAAGAUGUUCACCUUUUGGACUAAGCUCACCUUCGGCGAAGUCGUCCCUCUCUCCACCUUACACCCCCCUCCCUCCUCCAUUGCUCCGGCUUCUACUUCUACUUCCGCUCACCCACCCUCGCUUGUCAAAUCUUCCGAGUCUAAAAAUCGCUAGUGGUUCUCAUCACCUCUAUGACUUUCUCAUCUUGGGUCAAAUCUUCUAUCAUCCAGUCUCCCUUGAUACUCUCAAUUAUAACCCUUGCAAUCAUUUUUUUUAAAUAAAACAUCUAUCCUCCCGGAUAAAAAUU